AUGAUCGGAUUCAGAACCCCAGUCAAAAAGGCAACCAAAGCCCUGUCAGAAGACAUGGCUAAAAGCCCGGACAAAACCGUCAGACGGAGUAUCGAAAAAUGGGAAACGACCAACAGGGACAUUACUCAAACUCUGACCCCCACAGCCACCCCAACGACGUCGCAGGCUGGCCCUGCAAAAACUCCGCCAAAAACGCAACAGCUUACCCAAAGCCAAAUCGAAAAGCAACAGGCAGUACCGUCCGUGAACGAACCGAUCACACCACAAAAAACCCCGGCUGAACAACAAGCCAUGCGAAAGUCCCUGGUCUCAGCACCAAAAUAUCAAAGGGAUAAGAUCAAGGAGGCGAAACACUACAUGGACAAGAUUAUGGAGGCGAGAGCUUGCGUAAUCAAGGGUAAAGCAAACCUAGACGAAUCUAGAAACAUAAAAACGACGAUAAAAGUCGAGACUAAAGGUCUGCUGGACCGCCUGUAUACAUUGGUAAAGGAGGCAGUGGCUGAGGGAAAAAAGGGAAAGACAGGAGCAGGAGAAAAGGAGACUCCCGGGAAGGUGAUGUCUGAAGCAUCCGCGACAGACAAAACCUUCACGGCAAACGCAGAGAAAGAAAGAGAGAUGUAUGUGCAGAAAUGUACAAAUGAGGAAGAUAUCCAGGAUAUAAAAACACUAAUAGCUAGAAACACCAAACUACUGGAAGAGAUAAAGACCGAAAUGAAAACCAGUUUCGAAAAACAAGAAAGGACGAUUGAGGGGGUGGCGACAACGGCGUCAUACGCGAGCGUGACAGCCGGGCCGCCUAGUUCAGUCCCAAAAGUCAGACCGGAAGGAAGAAGCACAUUACACACCGUUGUCAUCACCUCCAAAAAUGACACCGAAACAGGAGAGGAAGUCCUGGAUAAAAUAAGAAAGGCAGCUGACGCCAAGGAGGGAUGGAUAAAGGUGGAAAGAGUAAGAAAGGCGAAGGAUAGGAAGGUACUAAUGGGAUUCGGGACCAAAGGAGAGAGAGACAAAUUCCGAGAAAGGAUGGAGAGCCAGGGAGUCGACCUCACCGUCGAGGAAGUGAAGAACAAGGACCCGCUUUUGGUCCUUAAGAGCGUCCUCUCAGUCAAUACAGAUGAGGACGUUCUAAAAGCUCUUAGGAACCAGAAUCGGGACGUCUUUCGCGGCCUCGACGAGGAGGAAGACAGGGUACACAUAAAAUAUAGAAAGAAAACCAGGAACCCCCACACUUGCCACAUAGUGGUCAGCGUCUCUCCUACCAUCUGGCAGAGAGCCACGGGUACCGGAAGCGUACACAUAGAUCUACAACGGAUCAAGGUGGAAGAUCAGACCCCACUGAUCCAAUGUACACGCUGCCUGAGUUUCGGUCAUAGUAAGCGGCUGUGCACCGAAACCGUGGACCUGUGCUCCCACUGUGGGGGACCUCACCUAAGGUUGGAAUGUCCAGAUUGGACCGCCGGGUUGCCACCAAAAUGCAGAAAUUGUUCCAGGGCAAAUACAGAAAACACCGAGCACAAUGCUUUCGAUACCAGGUGCUCGGCGAACCUACAGAGGAGCGCACUUGCUACAGCCGAACUGAUAGUCGAGGCGGAAAAAAGAAAGGUGGCUUUUGCGCUAGUCCAGGAACCAUACACCAGCAACACGGGACGACUCAAAACCCACACAGGCACCAGAGUCAUACAAUGCGAAAGAACAACCGGGGUGAACAAAGCCGCCAUCGUGAUCUUCAACGACCACCUAAAUAUAACCCACUGUCCCACCCUUACCACACAUAACAUCGCGGUGGUAAAGAUAAAAACCGAAAAAGGGCAAAUCGGAGUAGCAUCGGUAUAUCUAGAGGGAGAUGCACCAAUCGAACCCUACAUAGAAUGGAUCGAAAAAAUCAGAAAGGAGAUCGGGACUGACAGCAUCCUUCUGGGUGGUGAUAUCAAUGCCUGGAACACAUGGUGGGGAAGCACAAAGGUGGAUCACAGGGGGGAGAUUUUUGCAGGUAUGCUGGACGAACAGGAGAUGCACAUUUUAAAUCGGGGAUCGGAGCCCACCUUUGACACAACCCGAGGCGAAAGAAGGUAUACCAGUUGCGUGGAUGUAACUGCCUGCACAGAGGACAUGCUAGUGUGCAUCAGCAACUGGAGAGUUUCAGGGGACGUGACGAGCUCCGACCACAGGGCAAUUAUUUUCGACCUCAACAUGGGGAAGCCACAGGGAGUAGAAAUCAAAAGAUCUACCAGGAAAUACAACACAAAAAAGGCAAACUGGAGUCAACUACUUGAAAAACUUAAAGAGACCUGGAAAGAAAACAACAUAAACAAAAUAGCAAUAGAAGGAAUAAGCAAUAAAACAGAACUAGAAACAACCGUAGAAAAAUACAUUAAAACAAUAGAAGAAGCUUGCAAUGACUCAAUUCCCAAGGUAAAGGAAAAGAAACAGAUGGGGUUGCCCUGGUGGUCCGAAAAACUCGAAAAAAUGAAAAAAGUUGUCGCAACGAAAAAACGACGAAUUCGGUGCGCGGCUCCUGUUCGUCGCGCAUGGGUAAUAGAGCAGUAUGUCCAGGCAAAGCAGGAAUAUGAGCUGGAAGUUAAGAAUGCCCAGACCACGAGCUGGAAGGAGUUUUGCGGGAAGCAGACCCGCGAGAGCAUGUGGGAUGGGAUUUACCGGGUCAUAGGUCGAACAACAAAAAGGGAGGAACAAAUGACAUUGAUCCAAAAUGGAAAACCACUAAGCAAUAUGGAGUCGGCAAAACUAUUGGCGGAGACCUUCUACCCGGAAGAUAAGAUAGAAAACGAUGAAGCAGACCACGAAAUAGAAAGAAAUAGAGCAAAAACGGUGAAUGAGAGAUCACAUGAUGAAGCAUGGGACCCACCAUUCACUGUGGAUGAAUUGCGCUGGGCUGCGGCUAGCUUUAAUCCCAAAAAAGCACCUGGGUAUGACGGCCUCACAGCCGACAUAUGCAAAACAAUUAUAGACCAUGACCCGAAUAUCUUCCUAGCCCUAAUAAAUGCGUGCCUGGAAUUAAAUCACUUUCCCCGGCCCUGGAAGAAAGCGAUCGUGGUGGUGCUGAGAAAACCAGGCAAGGAUGACUAUUCGCACCCAAAAUCCUACAGACCAAUCGGGCUCUUGCCCGUCUUUGGCAAGAUCUUGGAAAAAAUGAUGGUGCGAAGAAUACGUCAUUACAUCCUACCAGGUAUGAGUCGUAAUCAAUUCGGUUUUACACCACAGCGCAACACCGAGGACUCUCUCUAUGCCCUGGUACAACACCUCAAAAUAAAGCUAAAACACAAAAAGCUUACCGUUGUAGUAUCACUAGACAUAGAGGGCGCAUUCGAUAACGCGUGGUGGCCGGCAAUACAAUGCAGACUUGCUGAAACAAGGACGCCAAUAAACCUCAGACGCCUGGUAGACAGCUACCUAUCCGAAAGGAAGGUAGUAGUAAGAUACGCCGGAACAGAAUACCCAAAACAGACAAAUAAAGGCUGCAUACAGGGUUCGAUAGGCGGACCAACCUUCUGGAAUCUCCUGCUGGAUCCCCUGUUGAAGGAACUCGAAGGGAUGGGACACCACGUACAGGCGUUCGCCGAUGAUGUGGUGAUGGUUUUCUCAGGGGAUACAGCACAGGGGAUUCAAAGAGAGGCAGAUGCUGCCCUAGCGCAUGUUCGGGCGUGGGGUGUCAGAAACAAACUCAACUUUGCCCCCCACAAAACCCAAGCAAUGGUAGUGACAAACAAAAUGAAGUAUGACUCCCCACGACUGAGCAUGGGAGGGGUCAGCAUCGGACUCUCCCGCGAGAUUAAGAUCCUGGGUCUCACAGUGGACGAUAAGUUGACUUUUAACACACACGCAACAAAUGUCUGUCAAAAGGCUCUUGGAAUCUACAAGCAGCUAGCUCGGGCAGCAAAAAUCCACUGGGGCCUGGGACCAGAAAUAACACGAACAAUCUACACGGCAGUAAUCGAACCGGUGAUUAUGUACGCAGCUAGCGCAUGGGCACCUGCAACAAAUAAAAUAUGUGUGAGAAAGCAGCUGGAUGCGGUGCAGCGAGGAUUUGCACAGAAGAUAAUUAAGGCAUACAGAACGGUCUCACUUAACUCAGCCCUUCUGCUUGCAGGGUUGCUUCCACUGGAUAUUAGAGUCCGAGAAGCAGCCUCACUUUAUUGUAUAAAGAAAGGCUACGCCCGGCAAGCGGUCGGAGAUAGAGAGAUUGAGAAAUUGAUUCCAUAUGAAAACACGCCUCAUCCCGCAAAAAUGACAGAAUUACAAUUUACUUGUGUGGCAGACCGGGCACAACUAGAGGAGCACAACUCAGAAGGCCUCAAAAUAUAUACGGAUGGCAGCAAAUUAGAAGGCAAGGUCGGAGCAGCAGUCUCAGUAUGGAGAAACGGUACGGAGACCAAAACCAAGAAACUAAAGUUAGACCAUUUCUGCACUGUCUACCAAGCUGAACUGCUGGCACUUCUGGAGGCAACAACACAGGCCCUCCGAAGCCCGAUCCCAAACUGCAGCAUAUAUUGCGACUCAAGAUCCGCCCUUGAGACAGUCGUGAAUAACGUUUCCCUCCAUCCCCUAGCAGUCCAAAUAAGAAGCAACCUAAAUGAUUUAGGAACAAUGGGCAAAAUAACUGAGUUAUUUUGGAUCAAAGCCCAUGCCGGGUUGGAAGGAAACGAAAGAGCGGACGUCCUCGCCAAGGAAGCUGCCCUCAAAUUAAAAACAAAGCCAAAUUAUGACAGGUGCCCAGUCUCAUACGCAAAAAGGCAAAUACGAUUAGAGUCACUUGAAGAAUGGAACCAGCGUUACCAUCAAGGCGAGACCGCUUCAACCACGAAAAUCUUCUUCCCAGAUGCCAUAGAGGCAAAUCGUAUUAUAAAGAAAAUACAACUGGACCAUGUUCUGGUACAGGUGCUGACGGGACAUGGCGGGUUCUCCGAAUACCUGAACAGGUUCAAGUGUAAGGACAACCCGGCAUGUACCUGUGAUCCCCAGGAACGCUCGCGCUUUACUUCUACAGCACCACCAGCACCGGUCCGUGUUGGCGGACCAUCGCCUCCGGAGGCCCUUGAUGGCCUCGUUUCUGUGGACCGUAUCCAGUACGGUCACCCUCUCAGGGACCACGUGUGUGGCGGAUGA